AUGGAUACUUUGUUCAGACUAGUGAGUCUUCAAUCCGAUCAGUCCCUUAACUCCAGCAGAACUUCCAGCAGUUCCAGAUCUUCCAGACAACGAAACCACCAUCAACAGGACGAAGAAUGCUUCAACGCUUUCAUGGACGAAGACGACUUCUCUUCUUCCUCUUCUAAGCACCACUACCCUUACCAGCACCAGCACUACCAACAAGCCACCUCAAGCACGCCCCCGGCGCACCAUGGAUCCGAAUCCGGCGACCCAUUCUCUCUCUCACCGACCCGGGAUUUGAUCCCAGACUUCUCCGGAAGAUGGGCGUCUGAAAUUCUUAUGGAGACUGCAAGAGCGAUUGCCGAUAAGAACACUGCUAGAUUUCAGCAACUCAUGUGGAUGCUAAACGAGAUGGGUUCGCCUUACGGGGAUAUAGAACAGAAGAUAGCUUCAUACUUCCUUCAGGCUCUGUUCAGCCGCAUGACGGACUCGGGCGAGAGGUGCUACCGGACGUUGACUUCGGCGGCGGAGAAGACGUGCUCCUUCGAGAAUACUCGAAAAGUGGUCUUGAAAUUUCAGGAAGUUAGCCCCUGGACCACGUUCGGUCACGUGGCGUGCAACGGCCUUAUCAUGGAGGCGUUGGAAGGGGAGGCUAAGCUGCACAUAAUUGAUAUUAGCAACACGUAUUGCACGCAAUGGCCAACUUUGCUCGAGGCCAUUGCGACUCGCUCAGACGAGACCCCUCACCUCCGGCUCACAGUCGUAGCGGGCGGCAGCGCCCCGCCGGCGCAGAAGGUAAUGAAAGAAAUCGGACAUAGAAUGGAGAAGUUCGCGAGACUAAUGGGUGUGCCAUUCAAAUUCAACGUUAUACACCACGCCGGCGAUUUAUCGGACUUGAAUUUAUCUGAAUUGGACAUCAAAGACGACGAGGCGCUCGCAGUUAACUGCGUCUGCAGUUUACACUCCGUGGCGGGGGACCGACGGGACGCCGUUUUGUCCAUGUUUAGGAGUCUGCAACCUAGGAUUGUGACUAUUGUAGAAGAAGAAGCUGAUCUUGAUGUGGGUGUUGAUGGAUUUGAUUUCGUGAGUGGGUUCCAAGAAUGCUUGAGAUGGUUUCGGCUUUAUUUCGAGACUUUGGACGAAAGCUUCCCCAGGACGAGCAACGAAAAGUUGAUGCUGGAGAGAGCUGCCGGUAGGGCGGUGGUGGACCUGGUGGCCCGGCCGCCGGCGGAGUCGACAGAGCGGCGGGAGACGGCAGCGAGGUGGUGCGGGCGAAUGCAUGCGGGUGGGUUUAGCCCGGUUCCGUUUAGCGACGAGGUGUGUGAUGAUGUAAGAGCGUUGUUGAGGAGGUACAGAGAAGGGUGGUCGAUGACGCAGUCCCCGGAGGUGGCCGGAAUAUUCCUGGCGUGGAAGGAUCAGGCGGCGGUGUGGGCCAGUGCCUGGAGGGCGUGA